AGAAUCAGAUGUUUUGCGUGUGCACAAUGCAGGCCGCAGUAUGACCUGUUGGCUCUCAGCCAGACACAGAGGACUCCUUUCAAUCCAGAGUCAGACUGGGAUAGAAGAACUCAUCUGCCGGGAUCACCAUCGACUCUGACAGCAACACGUGAUCCGUAAACACAGGCAGGGGUCAAACAGCGCUGACGUGACACCACGAAGCAGAUCAUAAGCUUAAAACAGCACGAAUAUCAGCUGCAGAGUCAUUAUUAAUGACUUUGCUGUUGAACAGAGCUCAAAUUUUGGUUAGAGGUUACACAUGUUUUCAAAAAAAAAUGAGUGAAAAAAAAAAUAAUUAAGAGAGAAGUAUUGAUCGUAUAACUUACUCGCCUCCUAAUGAAGCGUGCUAUAGCCUGAAGCUGUGAAUAAAUUGCUUAUGUUGCUGUGUCACGCACAGGAGCUGAAUUGGGUGAGCACAGUGACACACAUUUGAUUAAACUGCAUGUGGAACAGAUUUAAUGCAACUACUGGCUUAAUUUUCUCACUGAUCUCCUAUCAUAGCAGCUUCAGGGUCCCAAAUCAGCCUGUGAUAAAGUUCAUUUUUGGACAGCAGAUUAUGUAGAUUAGAUCUUAUAAGUGUUUUAACUCGAUCAAACUCUGAACAUCCCGGUCCAGAGCUGUCUCAGGUCCCCCCCGUGCAGCCUCCCCACCCAAUCAAUGCCAUGCAGCGAGUGCUAAUACCCAAGGAUAGGAAAGUCAGAAUCAAAGUGGUAGUCAUGGAAACAACCCAGGCCUGAUUCCACCCACCAAUCGAUGAGGUUCUCUGUGUGUGUGUGUGUGUGUGUGUGAGGGUGUGAGGGUGGCGGUGGGCCGGAUGUGGCAAGAAGGAACCCCUGUCCCAUAUUCAGACACAGACCCCCUCAUCCUCCACAGCCGGCAGGGCAGACGGAGAGAAAUCCAGACCAAAAGAUGGUGAAACAAGACCGCCGCCUGGUUCAAAUACAUGUUGGGAUGCUGCUUUUGGCUGUCUGUCUUCACCUGGGGGCAGCUGCUGCAGGCAUGCUGAAGGUCGACGGGGCCCAGGAGGGAGGUGGCGGCGGCAGCACAGACACCAUCAGUCACUCCCUGACCCUGGUGCAGCGUCUGGAGACCCUGCUGGUUCAGGGAAACGGCAGUGACGUGUCGCUCAGGGUGGAGACGCCCAACGCUGACGAGGUGAAGGUGAUCCAGGCUCACUCGCUGGUGCUCUCGCUGCAGAGCCCCGUGUUUGAGGAGAUGCUGCUGAGCCGUAACAGCAGCACCCUGGUCCUGAAAGAAAGCUCCGACUGUGCUGCUGUGUUUGACAAGUUCAUCAGGUAUCUGUAUUGCGGUGAGAUCUCUCUGCGUCUGGAGCAGGCCACUCCUUUACACAAGCUGGCUACUAAGUAUCAGGUGCUGGUUCUCCAGCAAGGCAUCACCCAGUACAUGACCAAGAAUCUGGCCCGGGACUCCCCCUCGGGCCACGUGGCGGGCUGGUACGAGUACGCCCUGAUAGCCGGGGACAUGACUCUGAGGGACAACUGCCUUCAGUAUCUGGCCUGGAACCUGUCGUCGGUGCUGCAGAGCGGAGAGUGGGUGACCAUCAGCAGCCAGCUGCUCAUGUCUCUGCUGCAGCGCUCAGACCUCAUUCUGCAGAGUGAGAUGGAGCUCUUUGCAGCGCUGGAGGCCUGGAUUAUUCAGAACGAGCCGGACGGUUUGACGGCGGAGAACGCUUUGAGAGCUGUGCGCUACGCCAUGAUGCCGCCACGGGAGCUCUUCCGUCUGCAGACCCAGUCCUCAGUCCUGGCUCGCUAUCAGGAGUCGGUGCGUGACCUCCUCUAUAUGUCCUACCAGUUUCACUCUGCGUCACCGCUGCACAUGGCCAAAUACUUUGACGUGAACUGCAGCCUCUUCAUGCCCAGGAACUACCUCUCACCAGUAUGGGGGUCAUCCUGGAUCAUCAACAACCCAACACGAGACGACCGCAGCACCAGCUUCCAGACUCAGCUGGGACCCAGCGGCCAUGAUGCCAGCAAGCGGGUGACUUGGAACGCCCUGUUCUCGCCACGUUGGUUACCCCUCAGCAUGAGGCCGAUAUACACAGAGACAGGCGCCAUGCAGCCGACACGAGUGGAGGGAGGGCGCCCUCGCAUCAUUAUCACACCGGCUACGUCCAGUGCCGAUUUCGCUGGGGUGAACUUCCAGAAGACGGUGCUCGUGAUGGCUCAGCAGCAGGGGAAACUGGUGGUGAAACACGUCUACAACUUCCACCAGAGCACCGAGGAAAACGGGGAUUUCUUGGCCGAAGCCGACCUGUACCGCCGGACGUCUGAAUACCUCAUCGACAGCUCCCUCUUCCUCCACAUUGUGGUGAAGCCACUGUACCAAACCCUCAUCACCACCAAGAACUGACCCUCCUCUCUGAGCCACCACAUCUUGCCGUACAAAACUCCAACCCUCUGAAGCGACAUCUCGCUCAUAUCACAUCAUGGGGACGUGGAUCUGAAUCCUCCUCGUGUGUGAUGUUUGGAUCAUUGUCUCAUUAAACUGCUGUUUUCAUUGGGCAACUAACACAUUGUAAAGCUUGAUUCAUGAGAAUCUGAGAGCUGCAGAGUGUAAAAUCACAACACGUCUGUUAUAGAACAAGUCCGGUGAAAUUUUGUAUUUUAUUUUCUUACUGUCAACAAAUCCUGUGAAAAGAUCAAUACCAACAGUUAAUAAUGACAAGUAUCCCUCUGUGCUGUAGAGCUCCAUUUGUGUCCAAAAACUACUAAACACACAUCAUUUCAACACCGUCCUGCUGGAAAUAUUCACCAGAACACCAAAUGGAAUCUGCCACUGAAAAUAGUCCCCAACAAAUGCAGUAUUUCCUCCAGUUUGAGUAACGUUUGCUAAAAACUACA